AUGACUAGUGGAAAGAAAGUUAAUCACUUUUUUAGUUACGGCUUACAAAACGAAGAUCCAAAUACAGAUGAAGAGGAAAAAGAGCUCAACCCACAUUUUUCAUACAACGAGGAGCAGAUGCUAAAGGACCAAGAUGCUAAAAUACGUGCACUGAAUACAUUGGCUAGCUCCCCUAGGAAUUCGAGAUCAUCAUCGGCAAGCUCUCACAAUCAUCCAGGUAGACGGCCAUCUGUUGCAGAUUUUAUAAUUCCUCCGCCUCCUCCAAUCUUAUCUGGUACCCCUAAAUUGUCUAGAUCGAACUCCAAAUUUAGCUACAAUCCUGCAACUCAUGAAAUGACUCCUAAGUUUUCAAUUCAGAAGCAACAGAAGGAGACUGAGGAACAUAACUUUAAGCUCGGCAGCAUAUUAGCUAAUGAUCACAACUCUGCUAUUGACGAACCAUCAAUAGAGCUUAUAAGCAUAUACAAGCAAAUCAAAUGGUGCGUAGAAACAAGAAAGAAAUAUCAAGACGUUUCUUUGCAAAAUCCUGACCAGAACCCUAAGAAUUCAGAUAAUUGGAAUAUAUACCCAAAUCCUCCAUCUCCAUUUUGGAAGGCUAGAAAUUUUCGCAAAUUCAAUCAUGAUAGUGCUUAUAAUUUGAACGAUAAAAGCAGACACGUUGACUCUCGUGAAUUUCAGAUGGACAGUUGUGAAAUUCCUGGUGAAGAUGCAACAAUAAAUUUUGUAGCAGAUGAUGAAGACACGUACCAAAUUGUUGAUUCAAAAACUAAUGAGAAUCUGGUCAAAGUUCCAACAAUCAAAGAUUACUACCUGGAUUUGGAAAAGAUCAUUAACAUCGCAUCUGAUGGACCUAUGAAGUCGUUUGCCUUCAAGCGAUUACAGUAUUUAGAAGCAAGGUGGAAUCUAUAUUACCUGCUUAAUGAUCAUGAAGAAACAUCAGAAUCAAAGAAAAACCCCCACCGAGAUUUCUACAAUGUUAGAAAAGUCGAUGUUCACGUCCACCAUUCCGCAUGUAUGAAUCAAAAGCAUUUAUUAAGAUUUAUCAAGCAUAAAAUCAGACAUUCUCCCGAUGAAAAAGUCAUUAAAAGGGAUGGCCAGAUAUUGACUUUACAGCAAGUCUUUGACUCGCUUAAUUUAACAGCAUAUGAUUUAAGUAUUGAUACAUUGGAUAUGCAUGCACAUAGGGAUACUUUCCAUCGGUUUGACAAAUUCAAUUUGAAAUAUAAUCCGAUGGGUGAGUCCAGAUUAAGAGAAAUCUUUUUAAAGACAGAUAAUUUCAUACAAGGACGUUAUUUGGCUGAAAUAACAAAAGAAGUGUUUGAUGAUUUGGAGUCUUCCAAGUAUCAAAUGGCUGAGUACCGAAUUUCCAUAUAUGGACGUAGUUUGGAUGAAUGGGAUAAGCUAGCUGCAUGGGUCAUUGAUAAUAAGUUAUUCUCGCAUAAUGUUAGAUGGCUUAUUCAAGUCCCAAGACUUUACAAUAUUUACAAAAAAAGUGGAUUGGUGCAAAAUUUUAGAGACAUAGUAAACAACCUUUUCAAGCCGUUAUUUGAGGUUACCAAAAACCCCCAAUCUCACCCUAAGUUACACAUCUUCUUGCAAAGAGUUAUAGGUUUUGAUUCUGUUGAUGAUGAGUCCAAAACAGAUAGAAGAUUUCAUAAGAAGUUCCCAUUUCCAAGUAAGUGGGAUUCGGAGUUCAACCCUCCCUACUCAUAUUACCUUUAUUACAUUUACUCUAACUUAACAUCAUUGAAUCAUUGGAGAAAAAUGCGUAACUUCAACACUUUUGUUUUGCGUCCACAUUCUGGUGAGGCGGGUGACCCUGAUCAUCUAAUAUCUGCUUACUUAACUUCUGAAAGUAUCAGUCAUGGUAUUUUGCUCAGGAAAGUUCCUUUUGUUCAAUAUUUAUACUAUCUAUGUCAGAUAGGAAUUGCCAUGUCACCAUUAUCUAAUAACGCGUUAUUCUUGACUUAUGAUAAGAACCCUCUUCCUUCAUAUUUCAAGCGAGGCCUGAAUGUUGCUUUAUCAACCGAUGAUCCUUUACAAUUCUCGUAUACCAGAGAACCUUUGAUUGAAGAGUACUCGGUAGCUGCUCAAAUCUGGAAAUUGUCUAAUGUUGACAUGUCCGAAUUGGCAAAAAAUUCAGUGAAAAUGUCAGGCUUUGAGUACGAAUUAAAAAAACACUGGAUUGGCCAUAAAUUUAACGCCAGUGGUGUUGAGGGCAAUGAUAUUGAAAAAACAAAUGUUCCUGAUAUUCGUGUUUCAUAUAGAACUGAAACUUUGCAAACAGAGUUUGGCUUAAUCGAGUAUUACACUAAGCUUGAAGGUGUCUAA